AUGCACCUCACGACAGCUUCCGACCAUGGGAACACGGAAUCCGAUCACCCAUCCGGAGAUCGCCUGAAACGCUUCGCUUCUAAACCGCUCAGACUCGCAGCAUCGACUUUCAAACCCCGCUCACUCUCGAGAUCAUCGUCUUCCAACAAUGUCAUCUCGACGUCUUCCUCCAAGACGAUCGUCCCUGAUCUUGCUGCGGACAGCAGUAGUCCACAAACACAGCCCGAACACUUGGCAAAAAGCAGUCAGGACGGUUCGACACCAACCCAUGCGUCAAUAACGACUAAGAGUCCCAGGAAACCUCUGGAAGGCGAAGAGCCAGCUGCUUGGGUCAGGGUCAGGAUCGUCAAAGCAGAGAGCCUGGUUGCGAAAGACCGUGGAGGCACUAGCGAUCCCUUCGUCUCGCUCGUUAUCCCUCCCGCUUCUCGUCAUAACACACCAGUCGUGAAGAAAAAUCUUGAUCCAGUAUUCCCAGCUCAUGAGAGCACGUUCGACUUCCCUCUCUACAUCAGUCUGGCGACCCUCGUAGGCAGUCGAGGACUCGAAGGUGUCGUAUGGGACAAAGACUUGAUGCGAAAAGAAUACAUGGGAGAAUUUGCUCUUCCAGUCAUCGAUUGGUUCGACGACGGAGACAUCAGGCUGUGGGACGAGGGUCUGCCACUUAUACGUCGCCGAUUGGCUUCUACUCGUCGUCGACAGAAAGCCUCUGGUGCCAUAUACGUUCAGAUUGGGUAUGUCCCGCCCAAAGAGGCUGCCGAUGGCGAAGAUGCGUUGAAGAGGAUAAGACGAAUCCACAGCGUCUUUGCCCAGAAGAGCAACGGCGCACCGGACCUCGCCGGUGUCCUCGGCGUUCCAGCCUAUCAAGGAAUCGGGACUGUCCGGACUCGUGCAGACUCGCCGAUGCCCAAGGGACAUUUGUCCCUUGGCUCGAUCCACGAUGCCGCCUCUUCUCGUCUCAGUCAUCUGAUGGGCAAAUCCCACAUCACAGACGACGCCUCGGAUUCAGGUAGCAGUGACGAGGGACUCGAGGAUGAUGGUCUAACCGAUUCUUCCGAGGAGGAGUAUGAAGAUGCGCUCGAUACGGACGUUCUAGCGCAUCACCGUGAAAUGACCAAGGAAGCAUUCACAGAAGAACCCCUCACGGCUGUACCGCCACCCCGUCAGGCUUCCGAUGAUGCUCCAAAGACCGCUGGUCUGCUCGCUCCCACUUCUCGACGUCAAGCCCCGCGUCAGACGUCCUUGCCGGGGUAUUUUGAUCGACCGGCGACCGCUGGAGAAUCAUCUGUGCCUGCCACACCCGGCGCGUCCACGCCUGGUGCUUCAAGACGUAAACCAAUCUUUGGUCGGCGGACUAGCAAAGUCUCAAGCAAGCGCUCAACCAGGGAUUUCAACUAUGAUUCAAGCAAGGUCAAGGACGUCAUUGGGAUCGUAGUGUUAGAAAUCAAGUCUGCGGAGGAUCUCCCGAGGAUCAAGAACUCGAUACGUCUCGGCUUUGACAUGGACCCCUUCGUCGUCAUUGCCUUCGGUCAGAAGGUCUUUAGAACACGGGUCAUCAGGCACUCGCUCAACCCGACCUGGGACGAGAAGCUAUUGUUCCACGUCAAACGCCACGAAGCCAACUACACCAUUGGAUUGUCCGUGCUCGACUGGGACAAGAUCUCGGGUAAUGACAUGAUCGGCAUCUGUACUCUUCCACUGGACAAGCUCAUGGACAAUGUAUCUCGACCGGAUCCUCAGACCGGUCUGUACGAUCAGAAUGAUGAUGGAAAGCAAGACAUGACAGAAUUCACACUGCCGCUCGUGUGCGACAAAGAUACGCCCUGGGAGUCAAAGCACUCACCGAAAAUCAUCAUCCGAGCCAAGUACGAGCCAUACGAUGCUGUCCGUCAGCGAUUCUGGCGCCAAUACUGUACUCAAUAUGACGUUGACGAGACGGGCAAGAUUUCGUAUACCGAACUCGCAACCAUGCUGGACUCGCUCGGCUCUACACUGACCAAGCGGACUCUCGAGAGCUACUUCACUCGCUUCGGCAAACACCCAUACGAAGACGAGCUGACCAUCGAUGAGGUCGUCACGAACUUGGAGCGGGAGGUAGAGAAGCAUAGAUCAGAAAAGCGAAAAGUCUCCAAGAAACCAGACCACGACCUGAUGACUGAAGCUUCGACUCCGCCCAUAGCUGCCAAGCCUGUCGAUGAUGGUCUAGAUGUGACGGGCCCCGACGGCAACAUUUCCAGCCCAGUCGAUCCCGACGAGCUCCGGGAGCACAUUAUAAACUCGCGACCGCGGCAAGGCGCUCCGGGCAAUCAAGUAUCGAUGGAGAGCGUACCCUCUGUCAAGGUCGAGAGAUCAGGGAGCAUGACCGCGGAAGGAGGGCCGAUCAUUGGCUCGGUCGCGGACUCCGACGCUGGUAGCGAAGCUAUCACUGCUGCGUCUUCAGAAGCCGAGGGCGAUCUGGAGGAUGACUUGCGCAGUGUAGACUCUGAAGACUCGUUCCCCGAAGAUCGGGAGCGAAUCAUCAAUAUUCGAACUUGUCCACUCUGUCAUCGAAGACGCCUGAAGAAACGCUCAGAGCAGGAUAUCGUGACUCACUUGGCGAUUUGCGCUUCUGCCGACUGGUCAAGAGUCGAUAGAAUCGUCACUGCCAAUUAUGUCACAAGCAGCCAGGCUCAACGCAAAUUCUUCACCAAGCUUGUCAACAAAGUCGCCAUUGGCGCGUAUUCACUGGGAGCGAAUUCGGCCAACAUCCUGGUUCAAGAUAGGUUGACAGGUCAACUGCAGGAGGAAAAGAUGGCAGUCUAUGUUCGAGUCGGUAUAAGAGUAUUGUACAAGGGGGCCAGAUCCCGUAUGGAGGGUGGAAGGGCUCGGAGAAUGCUCAAAUCUCUGUCUGUGAAGCAAGGUCUCAAAUACGAUUCACCUUCUUCAGCUGUCGACAUUCCCACCUUUAUCGCGUUCCACGGCCUCGAUAUCAAUGAGAUCUUGGACCCCUUGGACAGCUUCAAGACAUUCAACGAGUUCUUCUACCGCAAGCUCAAGCCUGAUGCUAGACCCGUGGCAGAUCCAGGCAACGAAGGUCGGCUUGUGUCUUGUGCCGAUUGUCGAAUGAUGGCUUUCGAGACCGUACAGGAGGCGACUACUAUCUGGAUCAAAGGGAGAGAAUUCUCGAUUGCAAGGCUCCUUGGCCCAAAUUAUGCGGAUGUGGUUGAUCGUUACGACGGAGGAGCUCUCGGGAUUUUCAGACUCGCACCGCAAGACUAUCAUCGCUUUCAUUCUCCCGUGAAGGGCAGAAUCGGCAAAAUGACUAUGAUUGACGGAGAGUAUUACACUGUCAACCCACAAGCUAUCCGAACGGGCUUGGACGUGUAUGGCGAGAACGUCAGAAAGGUUGUCCCUAUUCAUACAGAGGAAUUUGGGCUGGUUAUGACGGUCUGGGUAGGCGCCAUGAUGGUCGGCAGUAUCAAGACUUCAGUGGAAGAAGGUCAGAUGGUUGAACGGACUGACGAGUUGGGGUAUUUUGCUUUUGGUGGCUCCACCAUCGUCUGCGUGUUCGAAAAGGGUGCCUUGCAGUGGGACGAAGACCUGCUGGACAAUGGACGAGCGUCCAUCGAGACACUCGUCAGGAUGGGUAUGGGCAUCGGCAAGAGCACCCUGCAUUGUGCAGAUGAAGCGUGA